AUGUUUAACAAUAUGUAUCCAUAUCUGGGAUACUCCACCAACUUCACCACCAAUCCUUCUACUUCUGCUUCAUCAACAACCAAGGGAGCACAACCAGGUAAACAGCAGUCACCAUCAUCUUCAUCUUCAUCAUCAACACAACAACAACUUCAACAACUUCAACAACCACCUCAAGGACAUUUAAACUCUCCUCCCAGUACAAGACAACAACCUUUUAUUGCAAAUACAACCAAUCCUGCAUCUUAUUUCAAUAGAAACGUUAGUGGUACUUCUUCAUCUACCAACUCAUCAACCAAUUCACGAGGCGUACCUUCAUUGAGCCACAACAGUAUGCAAAUCUCAUCAAGGUCAAACUAUGGUAUUCAAUCUAUGAGUGGGUUGGGGACACAUCCAAGCCAAUACCAGAUCUCCCAACAACAACAACAACAACAACAACAACAACAACACCAACAGAACCCUAAUCAUCUUUACUAUAACUCAUCCUCUCAUGCAGUCACGCCACAAAUAUUUAACACUCAGUUACAAAACGAUCAUCCUCAACAAUUGGAUCCUAAACAGUUGCAAAAGUUUAGUCCACAACAACAGCAACAACAAUUUCACCAACAAGCACAAUAUUAUCAACAACAGCAAAAUCAACAGCACCAACUGAAAAGACAACAAAAUCUGCAACAAUCCCCACCAAACUACCAACAACAACAACAACAACAACUGCAAUUCCAGCAACUGCAGCGUCUGCCUCAGCUCCAACAACAACAACUGCGUGGGUCUCCUAAUGUGGCUUCCUCACACGCACACCAAACUUCCCUUUCUUCAAACAACACCACUGGUGUAGCAGCAGCAGCUGUCUCAGCAACUGGUGUCACUGGCGAUCAAAAAGUGAAGAAACCCAGAAAGCCUAGAGCUACUAAAAAGGAAAUGGAAGAGAAGAGACGAUUGCUUUUGGAAAAGGAAGCCCUUCGGAUUCAACAAGGUGGUUCACCUGUUGUAAAAGGUGAUGCUGCUAGCGCUGAUGGCAAAAAGAAAAGAGGGCGUCCAAAGAAAUUUAUUCUUGACCCUUCAACCAACACAAUGAUUGAUUCUACACAUCCUAAUUUUAAACAGUUGAAUAAAAUCUUGAGAGAAAAUAAUGCUGCCGCCGCUGCCGCUGGAUCUGCGCCAGCCCCAACCGGGAACAGCAAUGGAGUUUCCCACACACAAACGCAACCUCAAUACAUGUCGAAUUACAGUGACAACUCGUCAAUUCACCAACAUCAACAUCAACAGCAACUACAACAACAGCAACACGCUCUACAACAACGGGAACUUCAGCAGCAGCAACAACAACAACAACAACAGCAGCAGCAGCAGCAACGAGAACAGCAGAAACAGCAACGAAAGCUGAAGCAACAACAAAAACUGCAACAAAAGCAACAACAAAAGCAACAAGAACAGGAGAUCCAGCAACGAAACGCUCUUGUAACAACCGGGUUAGCAAAUCUUGGGGAUGUGGACCUCCAGCAAUUGUUGAAGACGAAAGAUAAGCGAGGCAGGCCUAGAAAAUUCCCAGUUGAGCAGACUGGUAUUACAAUCAAAGGUGUGAAGAUCAAUGCCAAGAAGUGA